UCUACUAAAAUUCUCCUGCGUUUUUAUCUCCUGGCGCCAAUCUACGUACAACCCAACACCCUGCAUGCUUUGCCUCAUAAUCAAUACUAUUUGCCUUGUAAACCGCGAGUUGAAGCAUGGCUGGUAAUUCGCAGGGCUCUCGACGCUUCACUCUGCAGGAAAUUAAUUCGAUGCCUCUUCUGGGAUUGAAACUCCAAAAAUCGGAGUCGUUGUUUAGUUUGUUGGAAUCAAGACUGGCAAAAGCAACCUUGUCUGAGAAGCUAAAGGCAUCCAGUUUCCCACUCUCCGCUAUUCGUGUAGGAAACUGGAAGAGGGUGUCUAAGCUCGAAGGCGAGUUGACUGGCAAAGUGUACUAUGCAAAGAAAAGGCUUGUUUGGGAGCUUCUUGUUGGACGGCUCAAGAUCAAGAUGGAAAUAUCUUGGUCCGAUAUCACUGCCAUCCAGGCGGUUUUGGAACCUAAUCAAUCUGGAUAUCUUCAAAUUGAGCUGGCUAACCCACCUCUGUUCUACCGAGAAACCACACCUCAGCCAAGAAAGCAUACCAACUGGCAGCAAACAUCUGAUUUCACUAAUGGUGAAGCCCCAAUAUGCAGGAGACACAUUGCAAUGUGCCCUCCUGGAGCACUCGAUAAACACUAUGAGAAGCUUCUGCGAAGCGAUGAGCAUCUCUUUCAACUCAGUCAGAGGCCCUUCCCGACCCACAAUUCGCCUUAUUUCAACACAGUAGUUUUGCCAUCACCGAGUUUGAUCACUUUUCAUCACCCACAGCAGCAGCAGUCUCUAUAUCCUACUAUGACAGCAGCGACAUCAAUACACAAUGGUGUUGCAGCAGUGUGGGAGAAUCAAAUAAACAACGAAGCAAAAUUUGUCGUUAACACAUCAAGACCAAACUUUAUUCCUCACCAGCAGCAACCGCCUCUAUAUCCUACUAUGGCAUCAGUGACAGCAAGAAACAAUGGUGUUGCGGCAAUGUGGGAGAAUCAAAUAAACAACGAAGCAAAGUUGGUCGACACACCUAGACCAAACUUUAUUCCUCAUCAUCAGCUGCAGCAGCAACAUUAUGAAUAUGAAUACAAUGAGACCAAUAUCCGCUACAUGGACGCUUCAGCAUUCAACCAAAAUCCCACCAUUCAUCCUAUGAGCAUCUCAGCAAUCCAUGGCCUAAGUGAUGAACACUUGAUGCAGAAUGGUGUUGCAGUCGCGGAUGGUGAGAGGUCGAUGUUGCUUGAUCAAAUGAUGAGGCAGAAUGCGGAUGCAGCAGUUGAGGAUGGUGGGCUCUGGUCAUUGGUUGAUCAAACUAAUUUCACGCAAAAUAGUGGUGACGUUUGGUUGGGUGAUAAUGCAGUUGCAGAUGAUAGCUGGUUGGCUCCUUAUAUUCAAGGAAAUAUCCAACCACGACCACCACAUUAUUGAUCCCAAUCUAGCUACAUCCUAACCAUCAACUCAUUUUUUCACCUAUCUCAUCCCUCACUCUUGAGAUAAUUAUUAGUUCAUCUUUUUUGUGGAUUUGAGUUCAUCAUGAGGUGCAUUAUAUGUAUUUUUUUUUGUUACUUUGAUUCGUGAGAUCUGCAACAGUAAAAGGCGGUUAAGCUGUGCCCGUUGACCGUUGUUUGGUAACUUUAUCGGCUAUAAAUUGUAGUAUAUUUUUUUGAGAAGACAUUCAGCUAUAAAUUGUAUAGUAUUCUUUU